AUGGAAAUACACCAAGACAGGAUGCCUUUGGCACGCAGUGUGGCACCGACGCAGUCGACACCAAGGGCCACUGCACGCGUGCAACGAGCGAUGCGUCCUUCAGCUCAUGAGAAGGAUGGCAAGAUCUUUCUUUGUGCAUCGCUGGCUUGCUCGGGCAUGGCGCUGGCACAAAGGUCCAUGUCGAGGCGACAAAGUCGACACGCUCUGCAGGCCCAGGCAAGCUCUGCAGGUGAAGGAAAAGGCCAGUCCCGGCCACGUGUCGCCGUUGUUGGGGCUGGUUGGGGGGGCCUUGGCGCCGCAAAGGCCUUGUGCGAGAACGGCUGCGAAGUGACUUUGCUGGAUGGCACCCCGCAGCCUGGAAGCGGCAUGCAAACGCCUUCAGGCAAGCCCUUCGAGGCUGGUACUCGUGGAUUUUGGAGGGAUUAUCCCAACAUGAACGCCACGCUAGCCGAAAUCGGCUUGGACGAGAGUGAACUCUUUACAGACUUCACAGAAUCUGCUUUCUACAGCCCUGAUGGGCUGGAAGCGACGGCUCCGGUGUUUGCGGGCGCGCCAGAGCUGCCCAGCCCCUUGGGCCAAGUCAUUGCAAGCUUCUCUAGGUUUCGACGCUUACCACUGGCAGACCGGCUCUCCAUCACCGGCUUGCUUCUGGCCAUGGUCGAUUUCACCCGUGAUGCUAAGACCUUCGAAGCAUAUGAUCGCAUGACAGCUCAUGAACUUUUUCUAAGAGCUGGACUGAGCCGACGUCUUGUCGACGAUUUCUUGAAGCCUACGCUGCUCGUCGGCCUCUUCAAACCCCCGGAGGAACUGUCUGCGGCUGUCACCAUGGAGUUGCUCUACUUCUAUGCUUUGGCCCAUCAAACUUCCUUCGAUGUUCGCUGGCUCAAGAAGGGCACGGUCAGCGAGACCUUGAUGUGUCCAGUCAUCAACCACUUGGUAGAGCAGCACGGCCUGACCGUGAAGGGUGGCAGUUUUGUGGAGGGGCUCGAGGUGGCCGAUGGCGCAGUGACCGGCCUUCGGUAUCGGUCCAGAAGCGCAGGAAGCGGAAGCAUGCAGACCGUGCAGAUGGAGGAUUUAGAUGCAGUGGUGCUGGCACUGGGCGCUGGCGGUCUCCGAGCUGUGCUGCGCGGAAGCCCCGAGGUUGCCAAGGUAUGCCCUAACCUGACGUCUGCAGGAUCCUUGCAGGGAAUUGAUGUCAUGUCCGUGCGUAUUUGGUUUGACCGCAAGGCCCCCGCAAACGUCUUCGCGAAGUUUAGUGCUCUUCGUGGCGCAGGAGGAACCUUCUUUAUGCUGGAUCAGUUGCAGGCAGACCAGCAGGCACUUUGGGGAGAGGAUGAGCCCCAAGGCUCCGUGGUGGCCUGUGACUUCUACAACGCCGGCGCCCUCUUCGCGCUGUCUGAUGAGGAGAUCAUCCGGCUGCUGGCCGACGAGCUGCUGCCCAGUGCAGUGCCAGAAUUCCGCAGUGCCAAAGUCGUGGACAGUCACGCCAUGCGUUUUCCCGGAGGUGUGAGUUGGUUCUCCCCUGGCUCUUUCAAGUCACGGCCAACCACAGAGACCCCACUAAGAAAUUUGGUGUGUGCAGGCAGGGCAUCCAAUCUCUUCACCCCAGCGGUGGGCUCCUCUUUGCUCUCUGCAGGUGAUUGGGUUCGUCUUGGCAGCCGGGAACAUGGUGCCAAAGGGCUUUGCCAGGAGCGAGCCCUUGUGACAGGCCUUGAGGCACACGGCACGGACAGCCAUCUGAGUCACAGAACCAAUAGCAAUUGGCCGGAUCCACUGUGGCCAGGCAGCGAACUCAUUGGCCAGGCGGCGAUGAAUGCAGCGUCGCCCGAUCUCAAAUACCAUUUGUCCGAGGUCAAGGUGCCUGUGGAAGUGCAAGCUGCCCACUACCACAAAGGCUUUGUGGACUUGCACCUUUUCGCGGGUCUUGACGAGUCGCGCUUGGAAGUCCGCAAUGCCAUUGCAGCGGAAAUUGGAUUGAAGCAUGACGAGAGUACAGAGGCUCGCCAGAGUGUGGCUCGCUUGCUUUCUGCCUGGGAGUCUUCUCGGGCUCAGCUGGUGGCAGAGGACAAGAUGAAGGUAGAGAGCAAGUUGGGCCAGACACCUCGCAUUGUCCAAUGUUCUGAAAUGGCUGCCCUGCGCAAGGCUGCUGAGGCGGUCGUGGGUAGGCUGCAGGACGAUGAAGUACCUGCGAAAAGCUUGAUUGCCGCCAAAUUAGAGCAAGUUGAAUCCGGGGAUCUUCGUGCUGAGGAUCUUCGUGAGGUCUUGUGUGUUGAAGACGCAGACAUCGAUUUGUUCAGCGGCAUCAUCGAGCAGGGUACUGGGAACCUGAAGAUUCGCCCGGGCAAGGCGAGCAUUCCCAUGCCCAACUCAGCAGAAGAACUUCGGUAUUGCGUGGGUGAUGGUGGGGUCCAAGCACAAGAACCAGUCUUGGAUCACUUCAAACCUCCUGGCACCCAGCAUGGAAGCUGGUGCUGUCCUACGAGCUGGAGGUCCCGGAAGAAAGCCUACAAGAGCCUGCGCGAUGGCAAGCUUGACUCUCUCAGCAAGGCUUUGGAGUCGGCGUGGGAGUCUCCAGAGAUCAUGAACAAGCAUUUUCUGGUUCCUCUGACCGCUUCGUCCGACUUUCUCUCUUCUCCUGCUGAUUCUGGUUGUUGGUCUUCGUGGGGCGAUUUCGUGCCGCCGCCUCCGUUUCCUGGCAAGGGCAUGGGCAAAGGCAAGUUUGGAAAGGGCAAAGAUGACGAGAGAGGUGGCAUCAUCAAAUCCAAGCUGAAGACUAAGUCGGCCGAUGGCAAGAAGCUUUGUUUCCGCUUCAACAAUGGGAAGUGCCUGGACAAAGCUUGCCCUUACCACCACGCUUGCCAGCUUUGCUUGGCUGAGGGUCACGGCAAGAAGGCGUGUCCCUCGAAGACUCAGCCUGCAGUGAUGAGGAUUCAGACAAGGGCAAUGAAGCUUUCAGACGUGGUGCAGGCCGUGGUCCUCCUCUUUGUGCUGACUUCAUGGGCAAUAGAAAGGCUGCCACGGACGGCGGAGGCUUAUGCAGUCCUGGUCGUUGGGAGCCGAGUCGCCGUUUAA